GAGACGCAAAGUCCAACAAAAAAAAGAUGGAAAGAAGUUGACAGAAGAGGAGGAAAGAUUCCAAAAAGUAGGAGUGGUCGAUAUGGGAGAGGAGGAAGAGGAAGAGUGGGAGGGAUGAGGUGGAACAGAAAGUGGCGAGGAAGCACAGCUGAGAGUGGACAAAAGUGAAGCGUCUUUCGCUUCUGCUAUCAGCACAUAGCAGACAUACACACACGCUAUGAUUACAACGCACUGGCCCAAGAGCUCCUCGACAGUCCAAGAUGAGACUUCUGAGCUGAGGAAGUGUUGGAUGUGGGACUAAUUUCUUCUUUUUCUUCUUCUCCAUGCACACAGGAUGUCAGUAAAGCUGCGAUUCGACUCGCCCGCCUAUGGAAGUUCAGUCCAGCGGAGUCGCUCCUUCACUGGGUUCAACUCUCUGACGGGACGACGGCGGCCUUCCUCCGUGCGGAACUCUCUGCGCUCCAAAGUCGUGUCUGGGGGAAAAACUCCACGAGCUUCUUUGUCUCCCAGAAGAGGAUUUGGAUCCAUCUGGUCCCUGCAGCCAGAAGAGGUGGACCAAGUCUUCCAGGCGCUCUGCAAAGGCCUCAGAGAGCAUGUGCAGUGCCACCAGGCUGAGAUAGACUUCCUGUCUUCACGCCAGAGAGAGAGUAAAAGAAACUCCAGAUUGGCCUUUCUCUACGACCUGGACAAGGAGAUACGAGCCCAGGAAAGACACGUACGAAGGCUGGAAUUCCAAAUCAGCAAGGUGGACGAGCUCUACGAGAACUACUGCGUCCAGUGGCGCCUGUGUCAGGGAGUUGUCAACAUGAAACGAGCUUUCUCGCUCUCGCCGUCCUCCAGGGCGUCCAGAGAGAGUCUUUUGGAGCUGGGGCGCAACCACAGACACAGUGUGCAGGACAUGUCAGCCAUGGAGAGCGAGCUGGAGGUCCUACUGGGAGAGCUGCACGUCAAAAUGAAAGGUCUGAUCGGCUUUGCUCGACUCUGCCCCGGCGACCAGUAUGAGGUUCUGCUGCAAUUGGGCCGCCAGCGCUGGAAGAUCCGAGGCAAGAUUGAAAGUGACGAUGUCCAGUCUUGGGACGAAGAGGAGAUGGUCUUCCUCCCGCACAUCAACCACAACUUUGAGAUUAAGGUAUCAGAGGCCAAGGGUUUGGGCUGGCUACUGGUUGGUACGGUAACCUGUGCCAGCGCUCAUUUCUUUGUGGCUAGUCCUCAGCUGAUGUUGGUGGACAUCACCGAGCUGGGAACCAUCAAACUGCAGCUGGAGGUCACCUGGAAUCCGUUGGACAGCGCUGAGAGGCUGGGUCCUUUGUCCAUCAGCAAACAGUUGGGGUCCAGCAGGAAAACUUCUGUGCAGAGUUGGACUGCACCGAGCACGCCCUCCUUCUCUGAAAAGUACUUCCUGUCCAUGGUCCGUGAGAUGCAGGAUGGCGGUGCUUCUGUCCCGUUCCCCAUGUCUAAGAAAGACAGGGGAGACAUGUCCCUGCUGAGCUACCUCUCCCAGUCGUCCAUCGCGUCAAAUUUCAGCCAACCAAGUCCAGCUCUCCUCAGCCGUGACACCAGUCUGGGAGGUAGUCGGACUCAUGUUUCGCUGGAGGAGGAAGGGGAGGACGCCCUGAAGGAAACGGAGAAGAGGAAGAGUCUCGGUGAGGAGGGGGAGGAUGGGGAGAAGACAUGGACUGGGGAGUAUGCUGCUCAGCGUACAAGAGCUUCUGGGAUGUACCUGCAGAGGUGCAGCACCCCCGACAUCCUCAAAGCCAACACAGAUCCAGAGCUGGAGACCGAGGGCUCCGAGCCUCAUCAGAGUUCUGUCGGCGAGCAGGACGCCUCCCCCGCCGCGCCCCCGGCUGCCACGCACCCCCCGGCAGCUGCUGAGGCGCCUGAGUGGGAGGGUCAGAGCAAAACCCAGGAGCAGGCACUGCGACUGGGAUUGCUGAUUGCGGACCUUGAGGGAACCUUGCAGAACCAGUCCAGCUAUGAGAAGGAGCUAAGAGUCCUGAACCAGCAGAUAGUUCACCUGGCCACCAUACUGAGGAAUGACCUGUCUCUGAUGAGAAGCUCGUCAUCAGAAGACACCUUGGCUGUUGCGGAAGUUCUCUGCAGCUUUGACUUCCUGUCACAUGACGUCAACGCGGACGAUGAAACUUCUGGGUGAGUUGCUGCGCAAGGAGGCAUUAAAAAGCAACAAACACAGCAAACCUUUUUCUCCUCAAACAUUGUGACUUGUCUAAGUAGGGCUUGUGAGGAAGAGUUGCUCAUUGCUCCUCUGACUUGUGGGAACUGUGGUCUAGAUCAGGCUCUGGAGAUUCACCUGGACACCUGCUGCAUCUUACUUCAGACGCUCCAGAGGAGCCACUUAAGUGCCGCCAGGAGAGAUCUACUAGAGGACGUGUCUCUUCAGGCCGACAUUGUGCAGCAAAUCAGCUGUUUGCUGCUGGAGAAGAAAGACGAUAUCUCUACAAGAGAGUUGCUGCUGGAGGCUGACAGGGGGUUGCUGCACUUCUGGGAGGACUGCCUUAGUGACACCACAUCGCCAUUCUGCUGCCGCUCGGACGACUUUGUCACAGCGCUCAAGAAGAACUACUCUCACAAAGUCAAGUCCAAGGUCAGGGUCAAGCAGCCAGGACACUCGGAAAGAGUGUUCAGUGGGCUGGUGCAGGAGGUACAGGCGGCCAGCAGGGCGGCGCUGUGGCCUCCCCAGCUGCUGUGCAGCUCGGACAAGGUGAGCGUUUUCCAGCUGUCUCUUUACCUGCGACGCUGCAACAUCAGCACGCUGGGAGAACAUGUGACCCGCCUCUCCAAGGAAGAGUACUUUCUGUCCGCCAUGAGGGGACCCAAGCGGAGGCGAGCGUUAAACAGGAUGAGGGGGCGUGGCAUCGCAGAGCUCCUCCCACUGGGACGCACACUGCAGACGCUUGCAGGGCUGCAGCUGGACGCCAACAACAAAGUGUGCAAAGCUGCAGCGGAGUGCCUGCGACGGGGCGCCGGCUGCGGCGCGUUCCGCUCUAAGGCGGUGGUUUACUACACGGAGAGUUUGAGGAGCACCGACGUUCAAAUCCAGCUAAGCUCCUGUUUGGCGCUCAAACGUUUGAUGGCCACAGAGAGCGUGGACCACAUCGCAGAGCUGUGGAGGUCAGCUGAUGAUGACGUCCGUAGCGCCGUCAAGGAGGCAAUUCUGUCUUUUGGUGGCAAAGGUCACGAGGCCUUCCAGAGGUUGGAGCAUAUGGACAUGUUAAUGCAGGAGGAGUUCUACCAGAACCUGGAGACCGAGAUCACCGUCCUAUAGGAACAACUUUCUUGUGUUUCCUCUGUGUUUGUGUGGACUGACAAAGAACAACAAGCACAUGAGAGCAAAAAGGAUGCAUUUUUAAAGAUGAUUAACAGCAUGCUAUUUUUUUUGUCAAACACUAUUUAUAGGCUUUUUAUUUUGACACUUCUUGUUAAACCCAAAGUGUAUUUUGAAAGCCUGACAAAAAGGAACACUUGGGUUUUGACAUCGCAGAGAUACAGAAAAUAACUGUCGAAAGUUACUUAGUCACGUUGAAUGUGGAAGCUACGGGGACAAGCGGUAGAAAAUGGAUGGGAUGGAUGGGUAGGUGUGUGUUUGGGGUCCGUGUACCUUCCGUUCAUUCUAUUCCCAAUUCUUAAAUGCUAAUCAAAAAACACAUUUCGGACCAUUUUUUUCUAUUUUCAUUUCUGAAACAAAAGUUAUUUGAGGACACUUUUUUAAAACGACAAUAGGACUCCUGCUGAACAAAGAUGUUACCGUUAUGAUAAAAACAUGCUAAACGCAAACAAAAAGCUAAAAUACUGCUUUCGGUUCAAUUUGUCAUCGCACAGUUAACCACGCAUUUUGCAUUUUGGAUGAACAUUUUUAUUUUUUUUUGUCUUUUUCUGGAAAAAUUAAACUCCAUGAAAGAAAAACAGCACAAAAUCUAAUUUUAUGGCACUAUUUUAAUGAAAAUCUGCCAUAUAUAAUUUUUUUUUAAAAUCGACAAACAGCUAUAAUUUUAUUUUUUGAUUUGCGUUUCAGAAUUCAGGACUCCUGCUGAAAAAAUAUGUUACCGUUAUGCUAAAAACAUGCUAAACGCAAAGGAAAAGCUAAAAUGGUCCGUGUACAUUCCGUUCAUUCUAUUUCCAAUUCUGAAACGCAAAUCAAAAAACUAAAUUAGGGCCGUUUUUUGAUUUCUAUUGUAUAUGGCAGGUUUUAAAACAAACAAAAAAGGGUUGAUUUUCGGUCUGUUCAUUCUAUUUCCAAUUCUUAAAUGCAAAUCAAAAAACACAUUUCGGACCAUUUUUUCUAUUUUCAUUUCUGAAACAAAAGUUAUUUAAGGACACUUUUUUUAAAACGACAAUAGGACUCCUGCUGAACAAAGAUGUUACCGUUAUGCUAAAAACAUGCUAAACGCGAAGGAAAAGAUAAAGUACUGCUUCCGGUUCAAUUUGUCAUCACACAGAUAAACACAUUUUGGAUGAACAUUUUUUUUUAGAUUUUUGUGUUUAUCUGGAAAAUGUUCAAUACAUAAAAGGAAAACAGCAGAAAAUCCAAUUUUAUGGCAAUAUUUUAAUGAAAAUCAACCCUUUUUAGUUUGUUUUAAAAUCUGCCAUAUAUAAUAAAAAGCAAAAAACGGCCCUAAUUUUAUUUUUUGAUUUGCGUUUCAGAAUUGGAAAUAGAAUGAACGGAAGGUACACGGACCAAAGAUGUAACCGUUGUGCUAAAAACAUGCUAAACGCAAAGGCAAAGCUAAAAUACUGCUUCCGGUUUAAAUUAUCACACAGAUAACCACGCAUUUUUGCAUUUUGGAUGAACGUAUAUUGGAUUUUUGUGUUUAUCUGGAAAAAUACACAUCCAUAAAAGGAAAACAGCACAAAAUCCAAUUUUAUGGCAAUAUUUUAAUGAAAAUGGUCCGUGGUCAUUCGAUUUCCAAUUCUAAAACCCAAAUCAAAAAACUAAAUUAGAGCUGUUUUUCAAUUUUUAUUAUAUAUGGCAGAUUUUAAGACAAACAAAAAAAGAGUUGAUUUUCAUUAAAAUAUUGCCAUAAAAUUGGAUUUUGUGCUGUUUUCCUUUUAUGGAUUUUAAUUUUUCCAGAUAAACACAAACAUCGAUUAUAUGUUCAUCCAAAAUGCAAAAAUGCGUGGUUAUCUGUGUGAUGACAAAUUAAACCGGAAGCAGAAUUUUAGCUUUUCCUUUGCGUUUAGCAUAUUUUUAGCAUAACGGCGAAAUGUAGCUGAGAUAGGCUCAAGCACCCCCGCGACCCCGAAAGGGACAAGCGGUAGAAAAUGGAUGGAUGGUAACAUCUUUGUUCGGCAAUAGUCCUAUUGUCGUUUUAAAAAAGUGUCAUUAAAUAGUUGUCCAACUUUUGUUUCAGAAAGGAAAAUAGAGAAAUGGCCCGAAAUGUGUUUUUUGAUUUGCAUUUAAGAAUUGGAACUAGAAUGAACGGAAGGUACACGGACCGUUUGGGUCAUUACAUUUCAUUUUCAUGAAUGGUAAGUGAAAAACAAAAAAACGGUUUUGGACGCUUUUUUUAAGCGCAAAAAUAUUAAUUGAAGGUUAAACACCUCCAACCUCAUUUUCAUCCUAAAAUAAUCAUUUUUAAAAAAAUCUUAUUUUUAACAAAAAUGAACAUCAUAUAAGUCAACAAAAAGUCAAAAAAUAGAUGAGUUCUCAUGACCCUGACACCGGAAGUUACUAUUUGAAGCCAAAUGUGUGGCACGUGAAAAAAACUACAGUGUUGAAGAACAUCGAAGAACUUUUCUCUACAGGCCAGUCCGCGGUCUGCAAAUAGCAACUUCGAGUUCCAUUGUUAUGAUAUGAAUGAACACUCGGGGUGUGUCAUUUGUUUUUGGUCUGUUUCAGAAUUAGAAAUACUUUAAUAAUCUCAGAGGGGAAAUUAAGUUUAUUUUUGUUACUGCUGACUUCUUAUUUUGUUGUGUGAAAUUUAUAAAAUGAAAAUAAAACCGUUUUUUACAAGUUAUUGUUUUCGACUCUGAAAAAAAGGAUUUGUUCUAAAGAAAAAUUAUAUUUUAAAAUAAAAUUCAAAUUAACCAAUCGUUUUGAUUUUUUAUCAAUUUCCAUUCAUGAAAAAAAAUAGGUGCCACAUGAUUUUUUUUUUUUACAUUUCAACUUAAAAUAAGUGAUUCUUUAUAAAACGUAAAAAGCUAGCUAACAAGCUAAGUGUUACCAUGUGUUGCUACUAGGCACUUUUCCUGUAUUAUUGUGUAGUAUCAAAUAAUAGACACACUUACAUGUUAUGUAUCAGUAUAAAAAACAACGUUUUUUUUAUUGAACGGCUAAGU